CCUGCACUUUGAAAUGCAAACCUGCCUUUCAAUGCAAAUGCUCCGGGAGCUUGGCCCAAUAAAAAGCCUUUCCUCAGGGAGGUGCCUUUGCAAAGUGGGGAAGUGAAGGGAGGAAGAAAAAAAAACAAACCACACCACUGACCAAGAAGUUCAGGUGAACAGCUAAUCAGGAAGAAGCUGCGAGUGAUCGGCAAGGGCAGGCCUGGGAAGACGCGGUUGUGGCACAGGGCGCACACAUUAUGCGCGCAGGGCCACUUGGGGAUGAUGUAUGUGGGAUACCUGUUGGAUAAGGACGCCACCAACAUGUACCCCAACCCGGUCAGGCACCCCAGCCUGAACCUCAGCCCUCAGAAUUACGUGCCGGUGCCCCCUCAGUACUCGGAGUUUGCCAGCUACCACCACGUGCCAGGGAUUAACAGCGAUCCUCACCAUGGGCAACCCGCGGGCGCCUGGGGCUCUCCCUACACCCCCACCAAAGAGGAUUGGCACUCCUAUGGCGCAGGAGCCCCUUCUUCUGUCGCCAACCCGGGGCAGCUCGGAUACAGCCCCCCUGAUUUCAAUCCAAUUCAGCCACCGGGCUCUGGACUGCUGCCUCCGCCUAUGAGCAGCUCUCUGCCCCAGCUCUCGCCAAAUGCGCAAAGGCGCACGCCUUAUGAGUGGAUGAGGCGCCCCGUCCCCACCAACAGCGGCAAUGGGAAGACCAGAACGAAAGACAAGUAUCGUGUUGUGUACACAGACCACCAGCGCUUGGAACUAGAGAAGGAAUUCCACUACAGCCACUACAUCACCAUCCGACGGAAAGCAGAACUGGCAGCAACACUGGGACUCACCGAGCGGCAGGUGAAAAUCUGGUUCCAGAACCGCAGAGCAAAGGAGAGGAAGGUGAACAAGAAGAAGAUGCAGCAGCAGACCCAGCCUGCCAGCACAACCACACCCACUCCUCCAGCAGUUGGCACCCCUGCUCCCAUUGGAGGCAUCUGCAGCAGCACUACCAACCUGGUUUCCUCGUCACCAAUGACUAUCAAGGAAGAAUUUAUGCCUUAAACCCAGCCCUUCCAGUUGAACUGCAUAUAAAGCAAAGCAGCAAUAUACGGAUUAACCACGAGAAUCGGCACAAGCUGGCAUACUCUAGAAACUUACGCAGAGGCAAUGCUACCACUGCUGAACCAAUGAAGCCAUUUCCUCUUAGACCCACUGGGUUAUUUUCUAUGAUACCACUGCAGGGGAGAAUCAUGGACUUAUUCCUAGGAAUGGAAGCAAUAGGGUCAUUAUCUUUUCUGUGCUUUUCUUUGGGAAGGACUUGCUCCUGCUGCAAAAUAUUUAAAGAGAAAAGAAAAGCAUGGAUGCUUUGGGGUUGGGGGGAAGAAACGGAGAACCAGGGUACUUAGGAAGUGUUUCAGGAGCAUCGGCCAGUAUCUGGCAUCUGACCACAACCAGGCCUUGAUAUCUUGGCCAGAAGGACUGCGCUUGUCAGGUCAACUAUCCAAAGCCAACUCCAAGCCAUCACAGAAGCCCAUCCACGCUAGGCAAUGGAGGUCAGGAGGCCAGUGCCACACACCUGAGUUACAGUUAAUAUUUGUAGCACUAGGAGCAAAAGUCAUUUUAAAAGCAAAGAAAUAGGGGCCAAGUAUGCAAGAGCAAGACAAAAUUAAGAUUAAAUGCUGACACGUACAAAACAAUGAAAGAACCUUAAAUGAGGCAAUAAGGUAUAAGGGAAAGGAAGCGAAGGUUGGCUUCUGCACAGCACUGUCUCUUACUACAUCAAAGAUUGAAUGCUAAGAAUGUCCUUUGGUUACGUUUUUUUAAUAGUUUUAUGUGCCUGCACAGAGUUGUAUAUUUUGUCCAUUGCUGGGCCCCGGUUCAGUU